GCAGCAGAGCAGCUUCGGCAGAAGGAUCUGAGGAUUUCCCAGCUGCAAGCCGAUCUCCGCCGUCCACCCCCUGCCCCCGCCCAGCCCCCUGAACCUGAGGCUCUGCCUACUAUCUAUGUUGUUACCCCCACCUAUGCCAGCGUUAUUGGUGACACAAACCAACUGGGAAAUGUGGUUUUGAAUCUGUAGCCAAAAGGGCUUGCUGACAUCUGCCUGGAAUCAGAUGGCUGACCCACCUACGCCAGGGCAUCUCUAGACCCUCUCCACCUCCCUACACACACCAUCAAGCCUGGGGCGGGCAGGCCCAUCUGAAGGGUAAAGAAGCCUGCAAGAGACUGGGCCCCUACCUUCCCAGUUUCUUGUCUAAACUCGGAUAAAUCUUCGUCCCCUGAAAAGGAAUGAGCCAAAGGGCUCCUCUAAACUCUUCUACCUGGAAAUCCAAGCAUAGGCGGCAAAGAACAUGGUCCUACUGGUAUUCUAAAAAGUCAUGAUCUUAUUUAAUCUUUAAAACAACAUUGUUGUAAAGUACUGUUAUUUUAAAGUUAUUUAAAGGAAACUGAGCCUUGGGGAGAUGGAGCCAUUUCCCCAGAUAUCUCACCUAAUAAGUUACAAAACUGGCGUUCAAACCCAGAUCUGAUUUCAAAGACUGUGCCCUUAAUUUAUAGUCAGAGCCCUGGGGUUGAGGUGAGUGACAGACAUGGACAUUAAGAACAGGGCAGGUGAAUCAAUUCCCUGGCGGUCCAGUGGUUAGGACUCAGCGCUUCCACUGCAGUGGGCAUGGGUUCCAUCCCUGGUCAGGGAACUAAGAUCCUGCAAGCUGAGUGGCUGGGUCAAAAAACAAAACAAGACAAAGAAAAGAACAGGGCAUUUGGGUGCUGGUCAGGGAAAGGUCACGGGGGGGGGGGGGGGCGGGGAGGGGGGGCGGUGCUAGGAGUGGCCCAGGAGAAGCCAUAUGUACCCUCUGGAGUGGGCAAAUGGUGCCUACCCCUUUCCCUCCUGCAUCUUUCCCCCUGCAGGCUGGUGCAGAAGGCGGAGCUGGUGCGGCUGUCCCAGACCCUAAGCCUGGUGCCCCGGCUGCACUGGCUGCUGGUAGAGGAUGCUGAGGGCCCCACCCCGUUGGUCUCGGGGCUGCUGGCUGCCUCUGGCCUCCUCUUCACACACCUGGCGGUCCUCACCCCCAAGGCCCAGCGACUCCGGGAGGGCGAGCCAGGCUGGGUUCGGCCCCGAGGUGUUGAGCAACGGAACAGGGCCCUGGACUGGCUCCGGAGCAGAGGGGGUGCUGUGGCGGGAGAGAAGGAUCCACCCCCACCAGGCACCCGGGGAGUCGUGUACUUUGCUGAUGAUGACAACACCUACAGCCGGGAACUCUUUGAGGAGAUGCGCUGGACCCGUGGCGUCUCAGUGUGGCCAGUGGGGCUGGUGGGCGGCCUGCGAUUCGAGGGCCCUCGCGUACAGGAUGGCCGGGUCGUGGGCUUCCACACCGCGUGGGAGCCCAAUAGGCCCUUCCCACUGGAUAUGGCGGGAUUUGCCGUCUCCCUGCCCCUGCUGUUGGCGAAACCCAAUGCCCGGUUUGAUGCUACUGCUCCUCGGGGCCACCUGGAGAGCAGCCUCCUGAGCCACCUUGUCGAUCCCAAGGACCUGGAGCCACGGGCUGCCAACUGCACUCGGGUUCUGGUGUGGCAUACGCGGACAGAGAAGCCCAAGACGAAGCAGGAGGAGCAGCUGCAGCGGCAGGGCCGAGGCUCAGACCCAGCUGUCGAGGUGUGAUGGCGGCCCUCCACUGCCCACCACCUCAUCAGACACAGAUCUGUGGGACUGGAUCCCUGGCCUGCCCAGGAUGUGGUUUUCCAAGUCCUGAGCCCUCAGAGCCAGGGGCGGCCCUUCUGCCCCUUCAACCCCAGGGCGUGGCCCAGCUGCUUCUCCCCUCCCCCAGCUUGCCUUGUGGCACUGCUCACAGGCUAGGGACAAGCAGCCCUUGUGUUGAGCCAGAUGGGCUUGUCUGGGGCGGAGCAGAAAACAGAGAGUCUCGGGCGGGAGGGCAGCUGAGUGACUGGGUAACUUAUUGGGGCUGGGCAUGCACUGGGGGGCUGGAGGAGCUGGGCUGGACCCUCCCCACCUGAGCAUGCUGACCCCCCCGCCCCGCCCCAACCUCCAGAAUAAAAACUCUCAACUUGGA